UGAAUUUUUUCCAACCGGCGUCGAAUCGUUUCGUCGCCGUCAUAAACGCCGCCGUCAUACGAGUAACCGUCAUAGACGCAACGGUCAUACGAGUAACCGUCUUAAACGCCGCUGUUGAUAAAUGACUAUGUCCGACGGAAAAUCCGAUCCCGGCGGCGAUGACCGAGACUCUGAAAUCGCUAAAGACACCGAGCUAGUGUUUCUCCGUAAUCGCGUGAAGGAAUUAGAAGCGGAAAAUGCUGAAUUGUUGUCUCAGGUUUCAAGCUGCCAAUGCCAACAGAUGGAAGUGAAGCAUGAUCGGUCUGAGUUAGAUUCUAGUAGCUUAGUUAGGAGAAGGAGAGUUAGAAAAGGAGAUAAGAAUAGUAUACCGAGUCAUCUUAUUUCAAAGAGAUAUGUUGCACUAAAAAUCAUGUAUUUUGGUAAGAGAUUUUAUGGAUUUUCGGCUGAAGCACAAAUGGAACCAAGUAUUGAGUCAGAAGUUUUUAAAGCACUUGAAAGGACACGGCUUUUAAUUGGUGACAAGAAAGACUCGUGUUACUCGAGAUGUGGGAGAACAGAUAAAGGUGUUUCGUCCACAGGGCAGGUGAUUGCUUUGUUUUUAAGAUCCAGACUGAAGGCACCUACUGUAGAACAAGUUAAUGGGAAAAUGGGUGAAAGACCAGAAUAUGAUUAUGUGAGAGUUCUGAAUCGUGCUCUCCCUGAUGACAUCCGAGUUACUGGAUGGUCUCCGGCUCCUGUUGACUUUCAUGCAAGGUUCAGCUGCUCUGCUAGAGAAUACAAAUAUUUCUUUUGGAGACAAAAUCUGAAUCUCUCGGCCAUGGACAUUGCUGGGAAGAAGUUCAUCGGAGAGCAUGAUUUUAGGAACUUCUGCAAGAUGGACGUGGCAAAUGUGCAUUGCUAUACACGACGUGUUACUUUCUUUGAUGUCUCUCCUUGUCAAAAUAGUCAUGAGGGUGAUCAGCUUUGCACAUUUACAAUGAGAGGCAGUGCUUUCCUGUGGCACCAGAUCCGCUGCAUGGUCGCCGUGUUAUUCAUGAUUGGGCAGGGCGUUGAGUCGGUUGAUGUUAUAGAUACAUUGUUGGACACCAAGAAAACGCCAAGAAAACCUCAAUAUCUGCUGGCCUCCGAGAUUCCCUUAGUCCUCCGUACAUGUGAAUUUGAAAAUGUCAACUUCAUAUGUUCUCCAGGCGCUGCGGAGUCACUGCAGUCUCAUUUCAAGAAUGAAUCGUUGACAUACCAAUUAGAGUCUGUGAUUUAUCAGGAGGCUCUCCGGAACUGUUUACCACCAUCCAGUGUUUCAACAGAACAAAGCUCAUGUAAUGACGUAGAGAAAAAGAAGAAAAGAGCAGAACACGUUCCCUUAUUAUCUCGACCAACUGAGCCAUCGUACGAAGAACGAGCUGCGAAAUUGAAACCAAGGAAACAAGAAACUUGUAAUGUGUAGUGUAAGUGUAAGGGGCAUGUCAGGCGACCAUCAUCAAAGAAUGGAGAGGUUUCCACUUCAGUUCCCAGUCUGUUGUUUUGUUGUAUCAGCUGAUUGAUUUACAGUUUUGAUAUGAUUUCAUAUUAUAAAAAUUCCAACUCAUGAUUAUAAUUUACAUGAUAUGAAAAAAUUAUUUCAAAUGUU